CGACAAACUACCACCACGACGACGACGGUGACCACGCAACCACUCCGCGCCUCUGUAAAUUCUAGAUUAGUUUUACGUCGUCCGACGAAACUCUAAGACCGAACCGUCACCAUGCAUCUCAUGUACACCCUCGACGCCUCUGGCAAGCGCGUCUACACCCUGAAAAAAGUGGUCAACGGCGAGGUUUCGAAGUCGGCGCAUCCGGCCAGAUUUUCUCCAGAUGACAAGUACUCGAGGCACCGCGUCACGAUUAAGAAGCGUUACGGCCUUCUCAUCACGCAGCAGAAGGACAAGCUCGCCCUGCAGGGCCAGUAGACGCAUAAUUUCGAGAGAAGAAGGCAACGGUUGAGACCUGCGGAGGUAGACUCUGGAAGAUCGGCGAGGGGAGUGCAUAAGCAAGGCGUUUUCUGGCGUUAUCGAAAAAGAUGGAUUGAUCUGGACGGGGAAGCUACGGCUUUUGUUAUGUUUUGAUAUGUGAGGACGUAGGUAAAGGAAUGUGAAGUCAGAUGCGCUGUCAAAAUCAAGCCCGACUCAGCCACGGCCACGACUGCUCAGCCUCUGCCAGCCUGGACCCAUACCCAGACAGUCACCCACCG